UCACAUUUUAGUGAUAAUUUAGGUCCAAUAAUUGUUAACUGUGGUGGUGGUAAUGAAAUUGGAGCAGUCGGAGGAGGAGGAGGCUAUGGUGGUGGUGGAAGAGGCGAAGGAGGAGGCGAUGGAGGAGGAGGAUGUGGAGGCGGUGGAGGAGGAGGAUGUGGAGGCGGGUGUAGCAGUGGAGGCGGAGGGGGCGGUGGUUGCGAAAGUGGAUGUAGUGGUGGAGGCGGUGGAGGUUGCAGCGGAGGUGGAGGUGGCGGUUGCGCAAGUGGAUGCAGCGGAGGAGGCGGUGGAUGCAGCAGUGGAGGAGGAGGUGGAGGUUGUGAAAGCGGUGGAUGUUCAGCUGUUGCUCCAAGUGGUGGCGGCUGCUCGGGUGGUGGAGGAGGUGGCUGUGAAGGUGGUGCUUCUAGUGGUGGAGGUCAAUAUGCUGCAGUUAGUUAUCAUUUGAAAGGAAAAAUUAUACCAUUAUUUAGCCUCAAGUUAGUGCUGGUGGUGGUGGAGGCGGUGGUUGUGGAGGCGGUUGCAGCAGUGGCGGAGGAGGAGGUGGAGGAUGUAGUAGUGGAGGCGGAGGAGGUGGAGGAUGUAGCAGUGGAGGUUGCAGCAGUGGUGGUG